UCUGCGCGCGCGUUUGACCUAUGACCCGUCUGUGUGUCGCUGGCAGACAGCCUAGCCAGGGAGAACUCGGAAGUACGAAGUUGGCCACGUCAGGACCUGAAAAUCACACUUUCUACAUGUUUCCGGCCACCCGAUGACCUCUGAAAUGUUUUCCCCGACACGGACGAGCAUUAAGGAAGCCAACGAGCACCUACAACAGCUGUACGGACGGGUGGCAGAGUUGGAGAAGACCGUACAAGAACAGGCCGAGUCGCUCAUCAAGAAAGACGAGCAAAUGCAGACCAGGUUGAAGGAAGUUUCCCAGGAGAAAGACUCCGAAAUUGCCGAGCUAAGGCGUAGUUUGGAGGCCUCGGAAUCCCACGUACAGAAGCUGGUGGCCUCGCUAAAGGAGAGGGACGCUACUAUGCACCACUUGCAACACAAGUGCAAACUUCUGGAGGACAUCAGUCAAUAUAAACCCAUGUUGGAGGGGUUGCUGGCCAGGGUGGUGGAGGCGGAUCAGAUGGGGGAGUCAGACUACAACAGGAGGGUGUCGAACGGAGGGACGCCUAACGCCCAUCAUACACAGGUAUACCAGAACUCUAUGGACAUGGACAACUCUCCAUCCAGCAGCAACAGGCACUUCUCCAUCAGUGAAGAGGAGGAUGGGGGGCUGACAUGAAGGACCUGUACUCUGACCUACAGACUUACAUGUACAAGGACUUGUAUACAUUCAUGGGAUACUGUAUAGUACACAACAGGACUGCCUGGAAUCACAUGGAACAGUUAUAUUUUCCAUUUGUGGCUUUAGCCUCUAGAAAUUCUAUCCUUCAGAUAUAUCUAGAUACAUGGAUAAGAAGACAGGUACUGGUAACUUGUUGAAACCUUGCACUAGAAUUCGUAUUAUUGAGGUCUCCGGGUACAAAAAAUACAUGUAUUUAGAGCCAGAACGAUAUCUGUCAUGCAUGAGCUUCUUUGUUCAAAUCCAUUCAUAUUUUUAUGUGGGGUCCAAGUGCUGUCUUAACCUGUAUCAUUUUUUGUCUAUACUUAUUUCAUUCCAUUAUGUACAUGUACUGAACUUCCAUGUCAAAAUGUUCCUUUUUCAUAUAUGGCCAUGAUGAAUUCAAGAAUAUGAUCUCAGAAAUUGAUGGAGAAACUAGUAUUAUGAAGCACUUGUUAUAGAAUAAGUGUCAUGCAGAAUUCAAAAUUUUCAGAAUUCAAACUUUAGAUGUAGACAUCGUUGUUGUAUAAUUUAAAGAUUUGGAACAGGAUCUGAGCCACAGAUCUCCAUCUUUAUAUUGAUAAUGUACUGGUAAUUGGACAAAAAGUCACUUUUUUUUUUCAUAGUUACAGAGUUUUGAUUUAUUUGAUAGAUGUAGAUGCACUGAUCUACACUGUACCAAUAUCUUGUUUAUGUGUGCAUAGAGGGAAAUGGAGACUGGUAUCAAUUGUUUACAUGUACCUGUACUUCAAACCUGUCUUAUGAUUUUCACAAAAUCAAUACUGUGAAUUGUUGCAUGCUAACAGAAGUUCUACUGACAUUGUUGCUUAGGGUAGGGUAGAUUGAGAAAAUUGUGCUUUUUAUUAGUUGGUGCAUGCCUUUGUUUUCAUUUAGCAAAUUAUUAUUUUGUCCAACUCCCUCCAUCAUAAAAGGUAUUUUGACACACUCCAUGACCAGUUGAUCACUGUAUUGGGGUUGGACACAAUUAAUAGGGUAAUGUUUUAUCAGCUAAAACCACAGUGUUUUCUGUUCACCCAUUGCAAAACAAUAUUGUUCUGUCUUAUUUCAAUGAUCAGAGUUAAACGAGCCUUCAAGUGUUGAUGUGAAGGCUCAGCCACAUGCAUUGCAUAAUUUGUUUGUUAUAUGGUUUUCUUGGAGGCUAUAUCAUAUAGGCCUUUUCUGUCACAUUGAACAUCUAUUGUAUGAAGAAUAUGCCUGGGUGCCUGUGGGAGCGAUGCAAAAUAAAAAGUCUGUUACAAGUUA